UGAAGCCGUAGAGGAUUUCGGUUUGGAUUUGUACCCUCGCAGCAACAGUCUCAGCGGAUGAGUCGGUGCCUCAGUGUGGCUCGAUUGAUUGCGGGAAAUCGAGGAGAUAAAAGAGAAAAAUCUAACACCACUGGUGACAAAUGCGAUUGUUAUUUACGUCUUCGUUGGUAAUGAGUGAGGGAUAGAACUUUUGAGUUUAGAUUGUAUUUCGUAUCCGUGAACAGCAGAACUCGUAUUUGACGACCAUUGGGAUAUAACGUGGCAGCAGAGUGUAUGUUAAUAGAAAAAUCCGCAACGCUUCGCUAUUUAGUACUACUGAACUUCGGUGGUUUAUGCAUUAGGCGACAAUACGACGCCGACCGAUGUACCUCCCACAGUGCGUGCAAUUUAAUAUUUAGCUUCAGUGAUGUGGUAGACAUGGGAAUUUCAUAACCAUGGUUUAGGAGUCUACCGUUGGAACGCAGCCUUAUUUCGGAAUGUGAAUUUUAUUGCUUGCUUAUAAAAAAAAAAUAAUGUCACUCGAAGCAAUGAAGCCGUCGAAGUCGUUGUGGUCGUGAAAAACGAGUGGAAUCUCCCAUCACCAGCACCAACUUCGCAGGAUCAAAGUGAAUUAUGGGAAAUCCUAUAUGCGAUUCUACUCGUUGGCUCCCAUGGGCUAUAUGAUAUAUACUAGGAAAGCCGAAUUCGGAAGCAACUGGAAGGAAUUUUAUUAUCGUGUUUCUGUUGAGUGAAAUAGACAAAUGUUCCCGACAAGGAUCUGGAUUUAAUAAGUGCGAGAACGUUGCCGUGGUGAAGCUGACGUGGCAGAUGGAUUGCAGUAUUGUUUGAGGAUAAAAAUGUUCCUGUCACUAAUGGCAUCGUGCGCGAUGCGCUUCGGAAAAAUCCUACGCUUUCAAUGCCUUACCAUCCGUUUUCAUUUAUAAAUAAAGUGUUGUCCCCGCACAGACUUGUGAUAAUAAACUUACCUGAAACGUAACAAGUGACAGUUCCACCAUAGAAACAUAGAAACAGCUAACCAACCAAGCGACAAUGGAUAUCAUGCUGUCCAGGCUGAAUAUCAGCCUGGAAAAUGUGACGCUUAGUACGAGCACGUUCCGGCAGGGCCUCAUCGAGCAGUUUAGCAACAACCGGAAAGUGGACGACCCCGCGUACCAUAUACUGAUUUUCCUCUACAGUAUACUGAUCAUAUUCGGUGCAACCGGAAACAGUCUGGUGGUGAUGGCGGUGGCACGGAAGCCACAGAUGCGAACGGCGCGCAACAUGUUCAUUGUCAAUUUGGCCGUUUCAGAUCUACUACUCUGCCUGGUGACGAUGCCGCUAACGUUGGUGGAAAUUCUCACCAAAUUCUGGCCCAUGGGCCGGUUGCCAUUGCUGUGCAAAUCGAUCGGAACCCUCCAGGCCACUAGCAUCUUCGUAUCGACCAUUUCCAUCACGGCCAUCGCGCUGGAUCGAUAUCAAGUUAUCGUCUAUCCCACGCGCGACAGUCUCCAGCGGAUGGGUGCCAUUGUGAUACUAACCGGCAUCUGGAUCAUCUCGCUGAUCCUGGCCUCGCCGAUGUUCAUCACCAGACGGUUGAUUCACUACGACGUGAAUUUCUCCAGCCUGGGAAUCGAGUAUGUCUCCUACUGCAUCGAAGACUGGCCAAUGGCCCGCGGUCGAGUGUACUACUCGGUGUUCACCCUGUGCGUCCAGUACGUUCUACCUAUUCUGAUAGUUUCGAUAGCCUAUCUUCGAAUUUAUCUCAAACUUAAGCACCGCCUAGUGGUUACAACCACCACCAUUAGUACCAAUGCCAAUUCGAAGGACUUACAACCCGUCCGGGAACGAGAACGGGGCCGGCGGAUGCAACGAACCAACUAUCUACUGAUUAGCAUAGCCUUGAUCUUCGGAAUCUCGUGGCUUCCGUUGAACCUGUUCAACCUGUUUGCCGACCUGUACCUGAGCGGCAUCACUCAGGAGAUCAUGGUUGCAUACGCCAUCUGCCACAUGAUGGGCAUGAGCUCGGCAUGCUCCAAUCCGCUGCUUUACGGUUGGCUAAACGAUAACUUUCGUAAGGAGUUUAACGAAAUCCUCUGCCGAAAGGACACGAACACGGUCGUUGCGAACGGCGGUGGAAAUACCAACUCGCGAAAAGUUCGAACUACGGGAGCCGCACCGGAAGUAACGCAGAACAACGAAAACUGGAACAAGCACACGGAACAACUGGAUCGACAGGACCGCAUGAAGCUGUGCGACGGCGACGAGGAUAGCGUUUGAGUGAGGAUGCGACCGCUUUGCAGCAAAACCGUACAGUGUACGGAAGCGUGCUUUCUGCAGGAUAAAUACGUUAGGGAAAUGCAGUUGGUAGGUACAUAUACUUAUACCGGAUAAGGUUGCAUCCGCCCACGUAUUUUGCUGCAGUGCAGCCAGGUUGUAUGUAUCAGUGCAAGUAUAAUUCGCGGUCCACAGGUUACAAACCACAGCGAACGCGGCGAGUGCUGUGUGCGCCUGCAUGUAUGGAGAGAAGAAAAAGUUCACGCUGUUAUGCACGGCCGAUUGAGCCAACUCAAAUUGAAAUUCGUUGACUCAAAUUCGCAA